AUGGAGGAUGGCACACAAGAAGCGCCAGGCGGAGCGGAAGCUGCGGCAAAAGUUGCGGAGCCCAAGCCUGGUGAGCCCAGCGCGGCAACGGAACCUGCAGCAGAAGUGUCUGCCGCGCUAGAGGGUGCAGCGCCCAGCGCACCCAGCUCUGCCCCGGACACCCAGGAAGUGUCCCAGGCUGCUGAGGCGCAAGGAACAACGCUCAGUGCACCCAGCUUUGUCCCAGAGCCUUCAGAGCGACCUCCGCAAACGUCUGCUGCAGACUUGGAAGGAACCGGGCCUAGUGGGCCGAGUUCUGCGGUGGGGGCGGAAGCGCCCAGCAUACCCGCAGCUGCCCCGGAACCUGCAGAACAAGCGUCCCAGCAGGCAGCCGAGUCUGAGAAGGCCGAGAGGCGGUCUCCCGAAGGUCGACGGCGCUCAAGCCCACACAACUGGCGGCAGUCCAG